AUGCUCCUUCGACUUAGGGAGCGGUUCAGAUGCUGGGCGGGCUUCAGGGUGGUGCUCACGCGAAAAGGAAUCGACGCGAUGUGCAAAGCAUACAAGAAGGGGAGAAGGAAGAUGAGAGACGCCGGUGAGGACGAAGCAGAAACUAGCGCAGACGAGAGCAGGGCAGACCCGGGGACUGGGGAGCCGGAGCAGACGGCAUCGGCCGCCGAGGGAACGUUGGGAAGAGGCACGAGGAGGGCGGCGACCUCGACCGACUAUGGAGGACCGUCGCCAGACGACGCAGGGCAGAAGACGGCGUGCCUCUACGCCGGCAUCAACAUCUCCGGCAUCAAUGGCGAGGUGAUGCCCGGACAGUGGGAGUACCAGGUCGGGCCAUGCACCGGCAUUGCCUCGGGCGACCAGCUGCUGGCCUCGCGCUACCUGCUCAUCCGCGUCUGCGAGCAGUACGGCGUGGUCGUCUCCUUCGACCCGAAGCCCAUCCCGGGCGACUGGAACGGCGCCGGCUGCCACACAAACGUGUCGACCAAGGCGAUGCGCGCCGAGGGCGGAUAUGACGCUAUCCUCAAGGCGAUGGAGCGGCUCGGCGCGCCCGGCAAGCAGGAGGAGCACAUCGCGGCGUACGACCCCUCUGGUGGCCUCGACAACCAGCGCCGCCUGACGGGCGCGCACGAGACCGCCUCGUACAAGGAGUUCUCUUGGGGCGUCGCGAACCGGGGCUGCUCGGUCCGCAUCCCGCGCAUGACGGAGAAGGAGAAGAAGGGCUACUUUGAGGACCGCCGGCCCGCCUCCAACAUGGACCCGUACAUCGUCACGGGCAAGAUCAUGGAGACGACCGUGCUGCCCGACUGCUAGGCAGCUCCGCCCCUGCGGCGAGCCGUCCCCCUCACGAGCGAGACCCAGCCGCGCGGGCCAAAGAGCCCGCGGGGCCCAGCCGCCCCGAAAUGCCAAGCAGCGCGAGCGACAGGGGGCCCGUUGCGAUGGCGGCGUGGCCUCGUGAAUAGUGCGCGCGCACGCGUCCGCGUUUUGAGGAUUGUACUGUAUAGGCUGGCUGCGGCCCUGUGGGAUGUGACUCUGCACAUCCUCCGCGCGCGCGUUUAUUAUUUGAUGCAUAUAGAGCCGUACGUGUACCCUAAGUUUCUCCGAGACCU